AUGGACCUGAUCAAACUGGGAUGUGAUGCCCCUCAACGGUUUCCCUCCUCAUGCUCGCGAUGCCAGAGAAAAGGAUUGCACUGCUCAGUCGACCCUUCAUUCAAACGAGUAGCAAAGAGAGAGCGCUUGGCUUCUCUGGAAAAGGAAUUGAAAGAGAUAAAAAAGCGUCUCAAGUCUACUUCGGAAACGAAUAACCUGCAGCCUGUGGAUGUGUCUCGUUCAGAAACACCCUCGCCUGUCGAAGGCUCCGAGCCACCGCAGCUCGCUCAGGCUGUCACAGAAAGUAGCAGUCACACGUUUCCUAAAGCACUGGGAGGUGUCGAGCUGGACUCGAGCACUGUCUCCGACUUGCUAAAAGAGCAAGUGCCCCUAUCACAUAGCUCAAAAAUUCCAUCGCUUACUUUCUCCAAGCAUAAGCAUCUCUUUCCGGCAGUGACGAGCGUGGUCACAUCACUGGCGUCGUCCAUCUCGCCGCCUGCCGAGCAAACAUUGCAGCUGAUCCAGGCUCUGUUGCUCCUCUGCAACUGGCCACCUCCUUACGGCGCUACGAUCCACGACAAUUCGUCGACAUAUUGCGGACUUGCCGUUACCUACGCCCUUCGCCAGGGUCUGCAUCGACCGCAUCACGUAUCAGACUUUGUGUACGAAGCUGACUUCGACGAAGCAACGAUGAGAGAGCGGAAAAAGACGUGGCUAGCAUGUUUUAUAGUGAGUCAGAGGUCGAGUAUUUUACACGGCCUCCCAAGCCUAUUGAGGGCCGAUCACAGUGUCCUCGAGACUCUCGCCUCCAAACCGUCGUGGCUGCCCGACGCGCUCUACCAUCAACUGCAAAUGGCCCAUCUGAGUGGCAAGUUUUGCAGUAUCCUUGGCAAUCAUGAGCUGUCAAGCACUGGACUAUUGCCCAAUCCAGCAACACUGAUCCAGAUGUUUGAUGUAGAGCUGCGAACGCACGAAGCUCAGCUUGCAUCAACCUGGUCGCGGAGUGACUAUAUGUUCUUUCUUGCGACCAAGCUGCACCUGUACACAUUUGCUCUGACGGAUCCCGCCAUGACAGGCGCUGAUGGUAGUCCCACCGGUGGGCUGCACUCCGAAUUUCUCGUUCACGCUUAUCUCGCCGCGAUGAGCCUGCUACAGUCAGCCGUUGACUCGGUCGCGGAACUCCGCUACUGGUCGAUCUACCGAGGCAGAGACCUCGUCGAUGCCGUCUUCUUCCUUCUAAAGCUUGUCGGGGGCGACUACGAAUUCGUCGACACCACCCAGGCCAGAGACAUGAUCCACAAGAUCUGGGAGCUGCUGCGGGGACUGUCACGGGUCGAAGACGACCACAUCGCUAGAGUGUGCGCCAUCAUCGAGUAUCUGAGUCGCAGUCGCGGGAAUGACAAAGAUCAAGCGUCGCUCAAGGUUCGUUCGCGGAUGACGGCAAACCUCAUCAUGGACGCUGUGUGCCGUGCUCGCGACCGGUUCAGCCAGUCCGUCAAGGCUCAACGGCCGAAGGACUAUACCUCGGCAGCGGCCGUCGAGAGAGCAAUGACAGAACGAAAUAACCAGGGUUCUCUGGCUCUUGGGGAUGAAGACAAUUGGACCUCGUUCUUCGAAGGUCUGAACUCCAAUAUGUCAGAUUUCGGGAUGGGAGUGUAA